GCCACUUGGCGGCCAUGGCAGCUAUAGUAUUGGCGACUGUGGGUCAAGGCCCGACGGAGUGGAGUGUCAUGGGCACCACGGGGUGUAGGGCAGAGACAGCUUUGUAUCAGCUUUGCUGCUGAACCUCUAGGAUCCAUCGUCAAAGGCCUGCAGGACUCCUUGUUCCUUCCUAGACUUGGAGGGGAGUUUGCCGGGACUGGUGGGCUGGUCCUUGCCCUGGGGGCGUGGAUUACCUGCGGGGCCGCCUGUUGGAGACCAGGGCACGGAAAGAACUUACAGGUUCGCUUGGGUUUUCCUCCUUUUCCUUCUGCCGCCUGAGACGUUGUGCCGUCCUCAUUACAACAGUUGAAGAAAUUGCUCAUUCGCACAUUUUCCCCAUUAAGUUUUCCCGUUUCUGUUAACCCACGAGAAUCCAGUGACUGGCAUUUGAGACUACAGGGCUGGGACCUAAGAUUGCUGAAAGUUUUCUCUGGUGCUAAUAGCAGCAAAAACGGGCUGUGUCUAGGUACGUUCGAGAGAAGGUGCUUGGUGAACGAACCUGCUGUAGGGAGGCCAAAAGAAUUGGAAAGCCCGCUUGUUCUCUUGGAACUACCGUACGCGUUUAGAGAAUCGAAGCACCUUUUGAAGCCACUGGAUAUUUGUAGUCUGGUGGAGGGUGAAUAAAGGAGAUCAGAAUGGAUGAUUUCAUCUCCAUUAGUCUGCUAUCUCUGGCUAUGUUGGUGGGAUGUUACGUGGCUGGAAUCAUUCCCUUGGCUGUUAAUUUCUCAGAGGAAAACAUCAUCAAGCAAGUGAAACACAGAAUGUGAUUGCAUCAGACAAAGCAGCAGAAAUACCAGUUGUCCAUGAACACGAGCACAGCCACAACCACACAGAGCUGCAUGCCUACAUUGGUGUUUCCCUCGUACUGGGCUUCGUGUUCAUGUUGCUGGUGGACCAGAUUGGCAAUUCCCACGUGCAUUCUGCUGACGAUCCAGAAGCAGCAAGGUCGAGCAGUUCCAAAAUCACCACCACACUGGGUCUGGUUGUCCAUGCUGCAGCUGAUGGUGUUGCAUUGGGAGCUGCAGCUUCUACUUCACAAACUAGUGUCCAGUUAAUUGUGUUUGUGGCAAUAAUGCUACAUAAGGCACCAGCUGCUUUUGGGCUGGUUUCCUUCUUAAUGCAUGCCGGCCUAGAACGGAAUCGAAUCAGAAAGCACUUGCUGGUCUUUGCACUGGCAGCACCAGUUAUGUCCAUGGCGACAUACUUAGGACUAAGUAAGAGCAGUAAAGAAGCCCUCUCAGAGGUUAAUGCCACUGGAGUGGCCAUGCUCUUCUCUGCCGGGACAUUUCUUUAUGUUGCUACCGUACAUGUUCUCCCUGAGGUGGGAGGAAUGGGGCACAGCCACAAGCCCGACACCACUGGAGGGAGAGGCCUCAGCCGCCUGGAGGUGGCAGCUCUGGUUCUGGGUUGCCUCAUCCCACUCAUCCUGUCAGUAGGACACCAGCAUUAAAUGUCCAGGUUCCAGCCUCAGUCUGUGGCCAUUUGCCAUCCAGUGAGGAUAGCCGGCAACUGGCACGUGACAGCUCCUCACUUCUCAGUCUCUUCUCUCGUCUUGCCCAUCUCCACCUGUAUUCCUAGAGUCCAGAGGGGGGUGAGAUUAAAACCUGGAACAAUGGAAAAGCUUUUAGAGUAGAAACAACACAUUGCAAUUAGCUAUAGACAUUCCGUUGUGUUGUCUUUUAAAGGGCCCUUGGCAUUAUGAGUUUUGAUGCUUCUCUUAACCCUAUUCUCAGGGAAGAUGGAAUUCAGUUUUAAAGAAAAGUGGAGAACUUCAUACUCAAUGAAAUAGUAAUUAUGAAAAUACAGUGUUCUGUAAUUAAGCUAAAUCUCUUUUCAGUUUAGAGGCUCUGCCACUUCCAUCCAUUGAUGUUUAACAUGGUUCUCACCAUGUAAGACUGGUGCUUUAGCAUCUAUGCCACAUGCCUUGAUAGAAGGUCAUAGCGCUCACUGUUAGAUGCUAAAGGUGAUUGCAGUUAAUUCAGGAUUAGAGUCAGGAGAAUGACGGCAAGACGCAUUGUAAAGGGAUGACUAGAGAGACUUAAACCGCUCCUUGUGCACAGGCCUGUCUGAAUGCAGAAUGCAGUUCCAUCACAUGGAGCAGUGGAGGUGGGACUAGCUUUUAAGGAGGUGACUAGUAUUUUGUAGCAUUUCUUUUCAAGUUCUCCUUUGCAGAAUACCUGCCUCCAGCACAUUCUUAUAGAGGUGCCAAGUUCUAAUAGUUUGAAGCCUAGGCUUUCCUUCACGAACUGUCAGAUCACAAAAAGCAUCUUUGGAAAUUAAGGGAUGUUAGUUUUUAAGUGAAUUUGGAUAGUUACUGACAUCUUUGUUGUAGUAGCCUUUUUAAAUGUAAGACUACCAGAAGCUAUGUUGUCUUUUUUUUUUUUUUAAGCAUCUCUCUUGGCAAGUCAGCCUCUGGUUUAGGGAGCUGUGUCUGCCCAUACAACCACCUAUAGCAGUGAAGAACGUGAAGGUGGAUCAUAAACGGAAGUGCAUGCCUGUUGAUUUAAAACUUAGUGAAAUCAUGUCUCUUGUCUCUUCAUCUUUCCCGUGAUUUUCUCUUAACUUUCCCUCUAGCCCCUCCUCCCUACAAUUUGCUGCUUUACUGCUGGUGUUAAUAUUUGUGUGAGAUGAAUUCUCAUCAGGACAACCACUUUUGAACUGUGAUGAUGAAAACAAUAAUGUCUUUACUCUUCAUACCCUUCAAAGAAGUUACUUUUAUGUCAGAUCAGCUUUGUCAAGCCCUUAAAAUAUCACCUUCACAUAUGUGAGUUGACACAAUCACUAAUAUUCUGGCAAUUGAGAUAGCAAAAGUGUUUAAUAAACAAACGUAAUUUUUCCAUAUUUGCCAAAAUCUAUGUAACCCUAUUUUGUCAAAUAUUUGUAAAAUAUUGUAUUAUUAAUUUAUUUUGACUUUCUGUGUCAUUUCAGAACAUACUACGUUAAGGAGGAACUACGACUAGUUUCUUCAGGGCAGUGGAUUUAGUAGUUUAUAAAAACAUUUUAUAUGCUGCAGAGCCAGCAUGACCACGAUUUCUUUAUCCUUAAAUUUGUCACUGGGUCAGUAGCUGUGGAAAUAAAACUUAGGAAGCCCUCUGCUGGCUGUAGUGUAGAAAGUAGCAUGAAUAGGACGUGGUUUUGUUUAGUCACUGGCAACCAUUGUGUACAAUUUAAAACCAAGAAAAGGUUCAGCAUGGAAAGUGUAAGUAACUUCCCUGAUUAGAUGGUAACAACUAACUUACGAGAGACCUGGGGCUUCAUCUGGUCCUUCAAAAUUAUAUGGUUGCCUAGAUUCUCUCUGGAACUGACUUUGUCCAAUAGAGAGCAGGUCGUAGUGUCUGGUUUGGUUUGGAUAGUAGUACUGUCUAUCAUAUUGUGUGUGCAAUGGUCAGAAUUUGUUCUGCUGGCCAAAUCCUCUUUCAGCAGUGCCUUGCCAUCAUGCUUAAAAGUUUGGCUAAAAUAUCUUGCUGGAUAGGGCCUUGAACUCUGGCAAGGAUUGAACCAUUCUAACUUCCAAAUUUGCCUUCCCUUCUCAACCUGACUAUUAACAGGCAAACCUUUCAAGGUCCUACCAGCUCUGAGAAGCUGUGGGCUUCCCCAGAUUUUAAAGCUGCUGCCUCAGGAACUACUUAUUUCUCUCCUGGUCAGCAGGCAGACAUAGCCAUAUAACUCUCAUAGGGCUCAAACCUAUCUCCAGGCAGCAGGGAACCAAGCAGUGUGUGGUGGAGGCCUCCUUCACUGGAGGAAGAGCUUGCUUACGUGGUGGGCAGCGUCCCAGGAGAGGCCAUGUCCAUGUUCACUUUCUGACACAUUUUGUUCCAUUUUCCUCUUGUUUAAAACUGCCUCUUUAGAUGUGGAUGCCUUAAUGCUCUAACACAUUUGAAAACCUUGGCAAUACUUAAGUUGCUGCCGUGAUUACAAAUGGAAUUAUUGGCUACCAAAGAGAUGCAAUUGAUGAUGAAAAGCAUGGUCCUUCCUUCUACAUAACCAAAGUGAAUCUUAAUUAAAAUUUGACUCCUUUCCUUGGUAGGGGUAGAUUUGCUUCAGAUUCCAAGUGCUCUCAUAAUGGCAGAUUAAGUUGAAAAAUACUACUGAUCCAUUCCCUUCAUUUAUUCUCCAGUUAAUUGCUUAUCAGUUCUCAUUUCAUCAAAGCAGUGAUGUUCCAGGUGUGAUUCGGUUUUCCUGUGCACGCUUUGUCACAUUUCUUAUUUUUUAGGCAGAGGUUCUGCCUGGGACGUGGUGAGUUGAAAGCAGUACUACCUACAGAGACUGUGUGUUCUCUUUCCCCUCCUUUCACCUUUUCAUUUCCCAACUCAAAACAGCCUAGUCAAUCCUGUUCUUUGAAUCAUUAGAAAAAAGAAAGGGAGUGGUUGUUUUGAGUUGUCCUUUCAAUGUAGAAAGGAGAAAACGUGACUUUUUUUUUUACCAGCCUACUUCUAAGUGUCACUGCCUGGUUUUUCUCUUUUUCAUGAAUUAGAACUAGGAGGACACACCAGCAAGGGAGUGUGUUAAGCCCCUGAAAACAGCUAAGUACUGACCAUGGGAACAGUAUGUCAGUAGCACAAGCCCAAAGAAUGCUCCUGCCUUUUGGGCCCCUGAGCCCCUGAAGACUAAGAAUAGUGACCAGAUUCAUCCAGAACUGCUGUGGUUCUAGGUGACACCCUCUGUAGCUGUUCUGCAGGGGGAACGAACCUUCCUUGCAUUAGAAAACAUCUGCUCAGUAGGAAACAGUCCAUAUCACCCAAAGAUACUAUGGAAAUACUAUCAUUAAAACCAAUGAUGUACACUCUUUGUAUCUGAAACAUCUAGAUUCACCUCAGGGGACCUGAAAGAAAUUACUUGUGGGAAAGAAUCAGAUAACCAUUUAGGAAUUAUCUGGAUGUGCUCAGCCUAACACAGUUGCUUAACACAACCAGAUUGCCUUUGAUCUUUUCUCUGAUGACAUCUUCCAGCAAGCUGGGAAUCUCAUGGGAUAACACUGCAGUUCCCCUGGUUCAGUAGCUGGAACAGUGGUUUUAAAUGUCCAUUUUUUCUGGAUCCUUUGUAAACAUGAAAUCAUUCCAUGGAUGGCUGCCUUAUAAUUUUUGUCUCUUUCCUCUUUAAUUGUGAAUGGUUAAAACAAUGCUGUUUUCUGAUUUGUUUUAUGAUAUUAAAUUUUUAUUAGUGCAUAUCU